GAGCUGUGCUGUGGUUUGUUUACAUGCAUGUGCUUUCACUGGGUUCAUGGGAUCUCCUUUGGUUGCUUACUGUCUGCUGGCUAGAAGAGCUGAGAGCUGCUGUAGGGUCACAUCCCUCUGUCCUGGCCAGCAAUGUCGGCACCAGGUCCCAGCUGGGUGCUUUCGGGAAGGUUUCCAUGGGGCCCAGGGGCAGGAAAAGCCUGCUCUCAUAUCCGGGGCCGGCAGGAGAGCGAUGACGUGGGCAGGGGGAGGUGUUCCCCUCUGCUGCACCUGUUGUGGGAUGAGGAGGGAUCUCAGCACUCCUUCCCAGCUUCUUGGGCACCGUGCUUCGUUCACUGGCUACGGGUGUUCUCUUGUCUAUGUGCCUAACACCGGCUCCUCAGUGACAGGGCAGUGACCUCUCACCCUUGAGAACAGCAUUUCUGGACCUGCUGACAGCCUCUGCCACUCAGCCGUACCUAGAACAAUGUCAGGCCAUCACACUCCCUCUGCUGGGGGUCCCUUCUCAGCACUCACACCCAGCAUUUGGCCGCAGGAGAUCCUGGCGAAAUACACACAGAAAGAAGAAUCCAUUGAGCAGCCAGAGUUCCGCUAUGAUGAAUUUGGUUUCCGAAUUGAUAAGGAAGAUGGUGCUGAGCCAAACUCCAGCAAACUUCUGGGGCUCCCGCUGAUAGAGGAGCCACAGCAGAGGCUCAAGUGGCAGGCUCAUCUGGAAUUCACACACAACCACGACGUGGGUGACCUCACCUGGGACAAAAUUGAGGUCAGCCUCCCACAUUCAGACAAACUGCGCUCCCUGGUGCUGGCUGGCAUCCCACACAGCAUGAGGCCGCAGCUGUGGAUGCGUCUGUCUGGGGCCUUGCAGAAGAAGAGAAAUUCAGAGAUGUCAUAUCGUGAUAUUGUGAAAAACUGCUCGAAUGAUGAAACCAUUGCUGCCAAGCAGAUUGAGAAAGACCUGCUCCGCACAAUGCCCAGCAAUGCCUGCUUCUCCAACAUGAACAGUAUUGGGGUGCCACGGCUACGCAGGAUACUACGGGGACUUGCCUGGCUCUACCCGGAGAUUGGCUAUUGCCAAGGCACUGGCAUGGUGGCUGCUUCUCUGCUGCUCUUCUUGGAGGAGGAAGAUGCCUUCUGGAUGAUGUGUGCUAUCAUUGAGGAACUGGUUCCCGCCUCCUACUUCAGUACCACCCUGAUGGGGGUGCAGACAGACCAGCGCGUCCUGCGACAGCUCAUUGUACAGUACCUACCCCGUCUGGACAAGCUGCUCCAGGAGCAUGACAUUGAGCUGUCCCUGAUCACCCUGCACUGGUUCCUCACCUCCUUCGCUAGUGUUGUCCACAUCAAGCUGCUGCUGCGCAUUUGGGACCUCUUCUUCUAUGAGGGUUCUCUGGUGCUGUUCCAGCUCACUUUGGGCAUGCUCAGUAUGAAGGAGGAUGAGCUAAUCCAGUCUGAGAACUCUGCCUCAAUCUUCAACACGCUCUCGGACAUCCCAAGUCAGAUAGAAGAUGCAGAUGUGCUGCUGCGGGAAGCCAUGCGCGUGGCUGGCUCACUGACAGAUGUGGCGGUGGAGACCCAGCGUCGCAAACACUUGGCCUACCUCAUUGCUGACCAGGGGCAGCUGCUCAACUCCAGCACCACUGUCAACAAUUUAUCCAAAAUCGUGCGGCGCAGGACUCAGCGCAGGAAAUCUGGCAUCACCUCUCUGCUUUUUGGAGAUGAGGACUUGGAGGCACUGAAAGCCAAGAACAUCAAGCAGACAGAGCUGGUGGCCGACCUUCGUGAGGCCAUUCUCCAGGUGGCACGGCACUUCCAAUGCGUGGAUCCCAAGAACUGCAGCAUUGAUCUGACUCCAGACUACAGUAUGGAGAGCCACCAGCGGGACCAUGAGAACUACGUGGCCUGUUCCCGCAACCGGCGGCGCCGUGCCAAGGCACUGCUGGACUUCGAGCGUCACGAUGACGACGAGCUGGGCUUCCGCAAGAACGACAUCAUUACGAUCAUUUCCCAAAAGGACGAGCACUGUUGGGUUGGAGAGCUGAAUGGACUGCGAGGUUGGUUUCCUGCAAAAUUUGUGGAGAUCCUGGAUGAGAGGAGCAAAGAGUACUCCAUUGCUGGAGAUGACUCGGUCACAGAAGGGGUGACAGACUUGGUGCGAGGGACGCUCUGUCCUGCCUUGAAGUCCAUAUUUGAACACGGAUUGAAGAAGCCAUCGCUGCUGGGGGGUGCCUGCCAUCCUUGGCUUUUCAUUGAAGAGGCUGCAAGCAGGGAAGUGGAACGGGACUUUGACUCUGUGUAUUCUCGCCUCGUGCUCUGCAAGACUUACAGGCUGGAUGAAGAUGGCAAAGUCCUCACUCCAGAGGAGCUGCUUUAUCGGGCAGUUCAGGCUGUGAACAUGACGCACGACGCUGCACACGUACAGAUGGAUGUGAAACUUCGUUCCCUCAUCUGCGUUGGGCUCAACGAACAAGUGCUACAUUUGUGGCUGGAGGUGCUGUGUUCAAGCCUGCAGACCGUGGAGAAGUGGUUUCAUCCCUGGUCGUUCCUGCGCAGUCCUGGGUGGGUCCAGAUCAAAUGUGAGCUGAGAGUGCUCUGCAAAUUUGCCUUCAGCCUGUCUCAGGACUGGGAGCUGCCAAUAAAGAGGGAGGAGAAGGAGAAGAAGCCACUGAAGGAAGGCGUGCAGGACAUGCUUGUGAAACACCACCUCUUCAGCUGGGACAUAGAUGGGUGACCUCCACCCUCCCCCUGCCCCGGGAACCUUCUCAGUGGCCUGCACUCCUCUCCCCAAGCCCCAUCAUCUCACAUCCCCUUCCUUCCCUACCCCACACUUGUAUCUGUGACAAAAUCCCCCUCGGGGGGCUGCGAGGCUACCCGGGACCGAUGCAGCGUGGCCUUGUGGCACUGCUGCCAGACCCGAGGGAGGUGAUGGUCGAGGCUGAUGCUGCACAGGGACAUCUGUGUUCUGACCAGAAAAAUGAGUGCCCCCUCCCAGCCUUCCCCACUUCUGCCACCCCCAUUUCCCUGGGGAGAGGGGCUGCAGGCCCAGCCACUGUGUGCCAGUGUUUCCAGUGCUACCGUAGCUGUGGGGCAGAGGCAAUCCUUGUGGGAUGGCUUUGAUCCGUGGAGGGUGGCACUGCAGAUGCAGGUGGAAUAGAGCUGGUGAGGGACUUAAUGCUGUGUGGAGCAGGGAUGGCAGGCACCCCACCUCGUGCCAUCCGAGGGCUCACGUCCAAAGGAAGGGGGAGGGCAGAACCUGAAGCACUUGGAUGGGGUCGCCCGACGUGGAGUCAGGGCAGAGAAGGGGGAACUGAUAUCAGCCUCAUCCCACUUCUCUGGCACUGGUGUGUGGGAUGUUGACAUGAGGUGCUGGAGAGCACCACUCUAACAGCCCUAGGGGACAGGCUUUGUCUCCUCUGGGAGCAGACAAAAACCAACACUCCUGUAGAAAGAGUGUUUCAUGCUAUCAUUUUAGUCUCUACGUGAUUUUUACUGUUAACCAAAAAGCUGUAAAUUAACUCCGAGAACGUGUGUAUAUUUUGGCACUGUCGUAGCUCAGGAUGGGGUUCAGGUUGGAGCCGGCUCAGGGAGACCGACUGGUCCUCCUCGCCCUGCAGCGGGGGCAGGGAUGCCAGUCGGGAGUGGAGAAUUGCUGCUUUGUGGUGGUGGCUCUGGAUAUGGAGUCUGUGACUUUCUAGUGAAAGCGCUUGUCAGUGAGCACAAACUACUCAUGAGAUGACACUAGAUUCUUACUUUAUUCUGUGGGUUUGUAAAUAAACUGCAUCUUGGGAGAGCACUGGA